CAAAGCAAGCUUCACCUUUUAGUUUGGCGGUUCGGCACGCUUUUGAAAUAUUUCCAUUCGUCCCCCCAAAUUCGCCCCAAUUCUUCUUCUCUUUCAACCCAACAAAGACUCAUCUGUAUCUCAGUAGCAUCAAGAGAAAAGAAGCAAUGGAGCAGCAGCAAAGGAAUCAGAAGACGAUGCAGCAAGAGCAGAACGAGGAAGGCGAUGAUGUUCAACAUGGCCCUUUCCCUGUUGAGCAACUUCAGGCAUCAGGGAUUGCAGCCCUAGACGUGAAAAAACUCAAGGAUGCCGGUAUAUGCACGGUUGAAUCUGUUUGUUAUGCCCCAAGAAAGGAGCUUCUGCAUAUAAAAGGAAUUAGUGAAGCUAAAGUCGACAAGAUAAUUGAGGCAGCUUCAAAAUUAGUGCCUUUGGGGUUCACUAGUGCCAGCCAACUCCAUGCACAGAGGCUUGAAAUUAUUCAGAUAACUUCUGGAUCAAAAGAGCUUGACAAGAUAUUAGAAGGAGGAAUCGAAACUGGAUCCAUUACUGAAAUUUAUGGGGAGUUCCGAUCUGGAAAAACUCAGCUGUGUCACACACUGUGUGUCACUUGUCAACUUCCGUUAGAUCAGGGAGGUGGUGAGGGGAAAGCAAUGUACAUUGAUGCUGAAGGUACUUUCAGGCCGCAAAGACUUCUACAAAUUGCAGACAGGUUUGGAUUGAAUGGUGCUGAUGUUCUGGAGAAUGUAGCCUAUGCUCGAGCUUAUAAUACUGAUCAUCAAUCAAGGCUUCUGCUGGAAGCAGCUUCAAUGAUGGUGGAGACCAGGUUCGCUCUUAUGAUUGUGGACAGUGCUACAGCCCUUUAUAGGACUGAUUUCUCAGGGAGAGGAGAGUUGUCUGCUAGGCAGAUGCAUCUUGCAAAGUUUCUUAGAAGCCUUCAGAAGUUAGCAGAUGAGUUUGGUGUUGCUGUUGUUAUUACUAAUCAAGUCGUUGCUCAAGUGGAUGGUUCUGCUGUUUUUGCUGGACCUCAAAUAAAACCGAUUGGUGGCAACAUCAUGGCACAUGCUUCUACAACGAGACUAGCUCUGCGGAAGGGUAGAGCGGAGGAGCGGAUUUGUAAAGUAGUCAGUUCUCCUUGUCUAGCUGAAGCUGAAGCAAGAUUUCAAAUAUCUCCUGAAGGAGUCACUGAUGUAAAGGACUAACUGUAUACUGCAAAUUGUCCAUGUACUAUUUUUGUUUUCAUCAUUUUGCAGGUCAAUUGACUAUCAUAAAGUGUGUUGUACGAAUUAACGCACUUUUUGUAGAACAAUAUUCAUUCCUUCUACCAAAUGUAAAUGUAGUUUCCUUUUCAGUCU